GGGCUAACAGCCACUUAGAAAAUGCAAGGAUAUCAUUAUUCCCUUCAAACUAAAGUGGCUAGUGAUUGAUUUACUCAAGGGUUGCAUACUCCAGUUAUGAGCUUUACACUCCUUAAUUAAAGCUUACUGCCUUUCACAGCUUAUUUCUUAUAAUCCUGUGAGUGUAAACAAUUUUUUGUGCUUCAGUCCCGAAUGAGUAUCAGGACAGAGAUUUCUGUUUUAGUGUGUUGUCUGGUUUUUUCCAGCUUGUCGACUUCUGGUUCCCCAUCAAAUGGUGUCGGCUCUGAAGUAAUUGCUUUAAUGGGAAUAAAAAGCUUCCUGGUUGAUCCAAAUGGGGUUCUUGAAAAUUGGGAUGAAGCCUCCCCAGAUCCAUGCACCUGGAGUAUGGUCACUUGCUCUGCCGAUGGUCAAGUUAUUGGCUUAGGAGCUCCAAGCCAGGGAUUGUCAGGUGUUGUUGCACCUUCUAUUGGGAACUUGACCAAUAUCCAGACAGUGCUUCUACAGGACAACAAUAUAUCAGGAAAUAUACCAUCAGAAAUAGGGAAGCUUUCAAAGCUUCAAAAUCUUGAUUUAUCCAACAAUAAUUUCUGUGGUCAAAUUCCCACCACCUUUUCUCAUUUAAAAAACCUUGAAUUCCUGAGACUGACUGGUAACAAUCUUUCUGGAGAAAUUCCUGCUUCUUUGGCUAAUCUCACUGACCUUCAUUUGAUAGACUUGUCUUUCAAUAAUUUGAGUGGUAAAAUCCCCAUAUUACCUGCCCAAGUAUUCAACAUUGAAGGAAACCCUUACCUUUAUACCAAAGGAACAUACAUGGUGGAUAAAGGAUCAUUGCCCAACUCCAGCAAGGCCAAACUCAACAAAUCUGGAAUUUUUUAUGUUAUACUCAUACUAAUGGUUCCUUAUUAUUAUUCUCACUUUUGGGACUCUUCAUUUUUCAUAUGAGUAUAUAUAUUUAAAAGAACAACUUUGACAAGCCAGUUUCAAUGGGAGAGUACGGAUUAUUUUUGUAUGGUUGGUUUGAAAUGAAUCUCUUACAGAAACUUCAAUUUCUUGGUAUACAAGCAAACUUCAUUUCUUUUUCUUUUUUUAUCUUCAACAACUCAAUGAAAACUAUAACAUCUAUUUUCUUUUUAUAAAUUAUUUCUUCUUGACACAAACAAACAAUUCAUAACCAAGUGCUGGUGUUUAGGCUGUUCCUUUUCUUCAAGUGUUGACAAAUCUGCAAUUCUUCCUUACUUCACCAUUGAUAAAGCGAUCCGAAUUCAUAAUAUUCCCCAGUUUCACCAUUGAAUCCGAGAACUGAUUGAAGAAAGCAACAGGGUCAGCUGCAUAUUUUUGGACAAGGCUUUUGGUUUCGAUUCCAAAUAGGCUGGAGUACAAUUCUUGGUCUGAAUUAAGCAACCCUUCACCUCUCAAAAGUGUAUGGUAAAAUGAA